GUGUAAUUCCCAGCCUGAGCUUAGUCACUGUCUGUGGCAAUACAGAUUCCUGAACAUGUGGAACCCUAACCCUAUGCCAAACCAAGGGAUAACAAUCAUCCAGCCAGGUUGUGCACCACCACCUCCUCCACAAGUGUACUACCCCGCACAAUACCCACCAGGUUAUUGGCCUAAUGGUCCAAACUUUGGACACCAUGACCACCAUGAACAUCAUGGACACCAUCACCACCAUGGACAUCAUGGUCUCUUUGGCCACCAUGGACCUUUUGGACAUCACCACCAUCAUCAUCAUGGACACCACUAGCACAAAACGGACGGGUGUGCACUGAGCAGCAGAGAUGUCUGUCGCUGAGAAGAGUAUAUAAGAUAUUAUGAUGCUUGUGUAAUCCUCAUACACUUACCCAAAUAUGGAUAACCUGAACCAACAUCCUUUUCUCAUGAGUCUAUUCAUACAUUUCUGAAUGUACAAUAAUUAUAUUGUAUAAUAAAAGUGAUUAGACCAAC